AUGGCUGCUCCAUGCGCAAGAUGCAGAGCAGUAAUUUCGAAUUUAUUGUUCCGUCGACUGAAAGUGGUAAACUCUCGCUUCCUGUCCACACAUGGUACAUCAGGUAGUAACACGGAGGGCCAAUUCUCAAGUCGGACAGAUGGACAACCUCAAGCUGAAGAUAAGGAAAAUGAGGAACCAUUCAACACAACUUUAGAGAACAAUCAUGAAGGUCCACAGGAAGAGAGUGAGAGUGAAGCUGAUAUCAAAAACAGAAUACUAACUGCUUCCAUGGCUUUUGUACCUGAGCAUGGCUGGUCAACGACAGCACUGGCAGCGGGUGCAGCAGCAGAGGGUCUGCCCUCAGUAGCCCACGGAAUGUUCCCCAGGGGCGGAGCACACUUGGCUUCUUUCUUCUACCAGAACUGUAACAAGGAAUUGGCAGCCAAACUGAAAAAGGAGGUGGAGAAUCAGGUCGAGGGGGAGCCGAAGCCUCCUACUCGAGUGUUUAUCACCAAUGCUGUGGAGACCAGGCUGAGGAUGGUGAUCCCUUACCUGGACAACUGGCACCAGGCGAUGGCAAUGCAGGCCCUGCCAGAAAACGUCCCUUAUGCCUGGUCCAAUUUGCUUGAACUCACAGAUGACAUUUGGUACUACGCUGGAGACAGAUCACAUGAUUUUAACUGGUACACCAAGCGUGUGAGUCUGGCAGGUGUUUACAAGUCAACAGAGAUCUACAUGAUACAGGACAAAUCAGCUAAUUUACAGGACACCUGGGAGUUCCUUGACAACAGAAUUGACAAUUUGGUUACCUUUGGGGAGUGUGCCAGAAGUGCCAAGAAGGUUUCAGGGAUGACCUCAGAGGGACUAACAGGCAUGUUUAAAAUGGGAAAAAACAUCCUGGGUGUGAACUUCAAGUCUCCUUCUCAUUGAAGUGAUCUGGUAUUCUGUGUUAGAGCAUCUGGGAUAAAUGAUGCAUCAUAUUCAAAUGACUUGUAAAUUCUCUUCGCCCUGGAAAGAUGAUACGUCAUAGAUGGACAACAGAUAAUUGUGACCAGUACUGUGUUAAUGAUUUUCUUUAUCUGGCAUGUUUCUCAAUAUGAUCUUAUUUGAAUUCUUAUUCUACAUUUUAUUUUUGUUGAAUAUUAAAAUUAAAAGAACAAAUGAUUAAAAAA